AUGGAUAAGUCUUGGAUUUCAAAGCUACAUACCACACCUGAAUAUGAAAUUGGAUUAGAUAUAUUCUUAGAUUUUGCUUUUAAAAAUGUGGCUGUUGAAGAUACAAUACGAUGUCCAUGUCCGAUGUGCAGGUUUUUGAAACCGCAAACUAGAAGUGUAGUUAGGGAUCACUUACUAUGCAAACCAAUUCCCAAGAACUAUGUCGUAUGGACCCUUCACGGCGAGAGAAAACUUCCAGAGUCUUCUAGAAAUGAAGACUUUGUGCAAGAUAAGUUUCAAUCGGAUAAUAUGAUGGAAACAAUGCUCAAUGAUGCAUUUGGUAACUAUAGGCAAGAUGCUGCUAAUUUAAAUGAAACAGAUCCGAUAGCUUUAGAAGAUAUACUAAAUGAAGGGACAAGAGUUGAUAGUGGUGAUUUUCGCGAGUUUCUCAAUGAUGGAAGCCAAAUAUUGCAAGAAGAAAGCAAUUACACAAAACUUGAAUUUAUAGUCAAAUUAUAUCAUAUAAAGGUCUUGUGUGGAUUAAGUGAUAAAGCAAUUACUAUGAUAUUAGAUUUGUUGAGAGACGCAUUUAAACAAGCAAAGUUGCCUCAUUCAUUUUACGAGGCAAAGAAAACCAUCAAUAAACUCGGUCUUAAUUAUACAAAGAUUAAUGCAUGUCCAAAUGAUUGUAUGUUGUUCUUGGGAGAUGACGAAAAAGAACUGCAAGCAUGCAAGCAUUGUGGAGCAUCUCGAUGGAAUCCUAAGAAAAAGAAGAAGCAGGCUGCAAAGGUGUUGCGUUACUUUCCACUAAAAACAAGAUUACAAAGAUUGUUCAUGUGUUCUAAGACUGCAGAGCAUAUGAGAUGGCAUGCUUUGGACAAUAACAAUGAUGGGCUAUUAAGACAUCCAAGGGAUGGUGAAGCAUGGAAGAACUUUAAUUUAAUUCAUCCUGAAUUUGCCUCAGAUCAUCGAAAUGUUCGCUUGGGACUUGCCAGUGACAGUUUUAACCCAUUUGGGACCAUGAAUUCUAAAUAUAGUGUUUGGCCAGUGUUCUUGAUUCCAUAUAACAUUCCUCCUUGGAUGUGGAUGAGACACACUUCAUUCAUCUUGUCAAUGAUCAUUCCUGGAAAAUCGAGUCCUGGAAAUAGUAUAGAUGUUUACUUAUAA